AUGACACUGCUCCUGACGCUUCUUUUUGCUCUGCUUGUCUCUGGCCUCCACAGCCUCCCCUGGUUUACGGAUAUUUCUGAGCGCCGAGGUCCUGGCACUGUUGUUCAGACGUUCUCCUUCAACUGCUCUUCCCACAUACCCACCCUGGAGUUGCUUAGCGUGCAGCCAAAUACCACCUUCUUCAACCCACCCACCCUGGCUGGGCAUCAAGGGAGAUAUGUGGGCAAGAUCAUCUUGAGCAGCUCAGCCCGGCUGGAUGCCCUGGCCGUCAACCACUAUGAGCUGUAUUUACGGUACAAAUGUGGCAAUUAUGUGAUGGAUGGACCCUUUUCUGUGCUGGUGCAGCGGGACCUUGGGAUCCAGUGUGUUGGCCGAUUUGCUAGCCAAGCUGGGGAAAUCAUUUAUGUGCCAGAGACAGUCAUACCUGGGGCCCGGCUGUACACACUGCUGCUCCCAGGCCUACAAGGCCAAGGAACCAAGAUGAACAUUACCAGUGCCCAGGACCCUCCAUACUUUCCUGGACCUUUUUCCAUCAAUGAGCGAGGUUGGCUACAGGCCCCAUCCCAGGGCCUCAAAGGCCAGGCUGAAAAGGUCUUCCACCUGCAAAUCUUAGUGUCGACAGGACAAGGCCAAAGCUGCCAAGGGAGGCUGACCGUUCAAGUUUUCCGUGUUCUUUCUGGCCAGGUCUCCUUUCUGCAGGCUGUUCAGAAUAUCACCAUCUUGGAGAAUCUGGCCCCUGGAAGUGAAGUGGUUAAAGUCCAGGCCAGGGGCUCGGACUUGCGCUAUGAAAUCAUCUCCCCGAUGCCCAGCCCGCUUUACUCGAUUGGACGUGCAGAUGGAGUGAUCAGGCUCACCUCACCUCUGGAUUUGACUCGUGCCCCGGGCACAGCCGUCACUAGGCUGCAGGUGAAGGCCUUUGAGCAUCACCAGCCUUGGGUGAGCGCAGAACUGGAACUCACUGUGGACGUGCAGUUGGUCAACCAAUGGCCCCCACGCUGCCUCCCAGCGCUUUUUGUGACUCAAAUCCCUGAGACGGCCCCUGUGGGCACAGUCCUGGGCACCUUUGCUUGCACAGACCCAGAUUCGGUGGGCACUAGUCUGGAUUACCAGCUGCGGUUCCAUAGCCCUCCUGACUCGGCCAGCCUCCGCCUUCAUGACAGAGUCCUUGAGGUCAAUGCCACACUGGACUGUGAUACUCCUGGGACCUGCUUCCAGCAUGCAGCUUCCAUCCUGGUGAUUGAUGAUGGCCAGCCCCAGAUGACCACUGAGGUGCCAGUACUGGUGAUGGUGACACCCAUCAAUGAGUUCUCCCCAGCCUGUACCCCACGCACGUUCCGGAUUCAAGAGGAUGCAAGGCCCCACACUCUGCUGGGCACUGUGGUGGGCGUGGAUAUGGAUUAUCCACAUAACAGCGUGGAGUACUACAUCUCUGGUGGACCCUCUUCCACCUUUGCUGUGGAUCAUCUCAAUGGGGAGGUUCGCCUUUUGGCACCUUUGGACUAUGAGCAACAGAGGGUGCACAGGAUCACUGUUCUCCUGAUUGACCGUGGCCAAGACUGGGACCCCACCUACCGCCGCUCGGGUUCUUGUACCAUUACCAUUGAGGUUGAGGAUGUGAAUGACCAUACCCCAGAAUGUGAACCUCCAUUUCAAGAGCUCACCAUCUACACCCCGCUGGGACGUAGCAUGGAGGUGACCAAGGUGUCGUGUCAGAUUCCCCAGGAACCACAGCGCCUGGCCUUUGCCUACAGCAUUGUGGGAGGGAAUACCCAGAACCGAUUUAGGUUGCAAGGGGCCAGCUUGGUGUAUGAUGAUACUCUGUUGGGACCUCCUUGGCUGGACCAGCCAUGUACCUACUGGCUAUUGAUUCACGUGGCUGAUGCAGGCAACUCCAACCACCACCUCAGCACUACAGUCACCAUUAUUGUGCAUUUAAUUCCCCAGAGGCCCAGCACAGUGGCCACCAGCACCCACAGAAACACAGUGUCUUCAACGAUGGCACCCAUACUUGUGACAGACAUAGAAGUUUAUUGGCAGCCGGAGCCCUGGUUUGUGGGGGUGCUGACAGCAACUGGUGCCUUGCUUCUCUUGACUCUGGGCUGGCUCCUCAGCAAGUUCCUCCAGGGGUUGACCCAAGUGCUGCAGGCACCAAGCAAACCAACUCAGACUCUGUUGUUAAACAGCAUCCAAGGAAAUAAAGGAUCCAAAGAGGGGUUCAUGGAUAUACCAAGGAUGGAGAUGUCUCAGGAAAACAGUAGUGUCACGAACUUGCAUUAUGAUGGCAGGGCACAAGAUGCACGUACUGGCAGAGAUUACCUGUUCAACACACACACAGGAGUCCGGCGCUAGAUCUGAAGCUCAG